GCGAGACAACCCCAAACUUUUUUCAGCGGUCCCUCACUUUCCAGCCAACUUUCCCCCAAGAAACACCUCCACCUCCCUCACCCACCCGAGUGCUUCAUACCAUCCACCACUCCCCAUACAAACAACUGUCUUGAUCUCUCGUGACCAAACAUGCCUCCCAAAUCAGCAACAGUCUCAGCUAAGGCAGCUUCCAUUCCCAAUCGACCAAAGAAUAUCGAUAAACAUCUCAAUGGCACACCUGCUGGUAGUAGUGGAGGCAGGCCUAGCAAGGAUGCAUAUUCACAGGAACAAGACCAGUACAAGAGGGAGAUCGAUAGACUGCAAAGUGAAAUCUCUGAACUGCGUUUGAAAAUCGGAGACCCCAAGACUGGAGGUUCCCAUGGUCCCUUGGUCGCUCGUCGUAAGGCUUUGCGAGAUGAAAUGGAUGCCCUUAGGCAGGAGCAAUCAAAAGGGAAAUCUUCUCGAGGCAAGCUUCUGGAUCAGAUCAAAGCUGCAAAUGAUAGUGUUCAGCGUAAGAUUAAGGAGUUGAAUGCAAACCGAGCGAAGUUGCCUUAUAAAUCAUCAGUAGAAGUGGAUGCGAAAAUUCGGCAACUCGAAUCCCAGAUCGAGAGUGGGACGAUGAGAAUAGUGGAGGAGAAAAAAGCACUGACGGAGAUUCAAAACCUACGCAAAGCUAGAAAACUAGUCGAUGCUUUUGGUCCUCAGCAAGAACUUAUCGAAGCUGAGAAAGAACAGAUCGAAGAGCUGCGUAAACAGCUCGACGACCCUCAUAAUAAAUCUACCAAUGAUCGUUGGUCCGAAAUCAAGCGCGAACUCGAUCAAAUCAAUGAACAGCUAGAUGAAUCGAGUAAGUCUCGGGACAAACUAUUCGAAGAGAGGAAUAAACUGCAGGAUGCCCUCACGGAGGUUUUCAACAAGAAGCGGGAAUCAUCCACUCGUCACAAGGAGGCUAAUGAGAAAUACUAUGCCAAGAUGCAGGAAGACCAGCAACGACGAAUAGACCGACAGAAAGCUGAGCGAGAUGCGCAAGAGAAAGCAGAAAUAGAGCAAGUGCACAUCGAGAUGCGAGAACAAGCUGCGCUACCAGCGUACGGACGGGAGAUAGAAGAUUGCCGAACGUUGAUACUGCAUUUUGACAAGUUGAUGGGCAAUGCGCCCUCGAUCGAAGAAAAUCCGUCGGAAGACCCCAAAUCAACGGCCUCCACUACGCUACCGAAGAUCAAAGAGAUCAGACAAGUCGAUGGGAAGGAUGGGUUCGAGGGAAUGGUAGCCAUCAAGAAGAAGGGCGCCGAGGAGGAAGAAUUCUUUAUGGGUGGUGGUGGGGGGGGUGGGAAGAAGAACAAAAAGAGCAAGAAGCCAGCUACCGAAGCGCCCGCCAACAACCAGGCACUCAAUCUGCCACUGUCCACUAUCAACGCAUUGUACGCCCUCGCCGUACCUGUUCCGAUGACCAGAGAGGACGUGGUCAAAACUAUCGCGACGCUGUCGGAGAAGAAAAAUUGGUUUACGGAGAAUCAGGCACGAGUCACGAAAGAGCGCAUCGCGGAAACAGAGGCCAAGAUUGCGGCGGCCCAAGCCAGAUUGAAAACAAAUACGGCGACCCCUGUUGAGCCGAGCGCCGAAACUGAAUCGGCACCGACGGAGAAGGAAGCAGAAUCCCCCGAUCCAGCUCAAUAAUGAGCAUCCAACGGAAGAUGGCCACCCGUGAGAAUCAUAUCUUACAUAAGCUUUCAUUGAUCGUUCCAUUUUUUCUAUUUCUCAAGGAUUCUAAGAAACAUUCCAUCAACAAUUUCGAUAGUCAUUCAAUCUUUCCUGUCUUCUAAAUUUCUAAAAAAAAAACAUAUAAACUCUUUUUUUUCUAAUUCUUUGGUAUGGGAGACAAAUAUAGUCUGGAUGGGAGUUAUACAAUCGAUUGAAUACCGUUAACUUGCUCUCAGUCUCAAGCCCUACUUACACCACAAAUAAACUCGUUACUUGUGAAUACAAAACGUAAUCCGCAAAACGUAAAAAAGCACUGAGCAUCUAAUCCAUUGCCCGCUUCUAUGAUCUCACCUUUACAAGAUCGACCCUGAUUGAUGAGCCCAUC